UUAAAGACUAAUAUAAUUUUUAUCUAAUAAAAUUGUGUGAAAAUUCCUGCUUUUUGUCAAAAUCAUCGGAAAGUCUAUCAUCAAAAAGCUCGAAUUCUUUCCAAGACUGCGUUGUUCCUCCGAAUUACUUAGUAGGAUUUUUUGUUCAUCUCCUCGAUUCGAUUUUCAGUUAUAUUCCGUACUUUGUGGCAGGCCAAGGCAUUAACUAAUUCGAGGUGUAUCAUCGUUCUUCAGCCUUCGGAAUGGCUUCGGAUUCGUCUAAUGAGUAUUCCCCUUCCACAUUGUACGUCAGUGAUGAUAAAAGACUGAUGCUUAUGGACAAAGACACAAUCCGGGAUCAAUGGGUUGAAGAGAGUAAUGCAUUACAAAAAGACUAUUUCAAAUUCACCCAGAACAAAUACUUUGUAAACAAUUUAGGAAUUUUGCCGAAAAUUGUAAAAUCUCUUCGUACGUUGAUUUUUAACCCUACUGGCUGCAUGAAAACGGCAACUUCUUAUGGAAUUGAGAAGUUUUUUUCUAUGUUCGUGAAAGAAGAUGAACGAAGAAAUCUUGAACCAGUUUUCUUAGGAGCUGUUACUAAAGAAUUUUAUGACAAGUAUUCGCAUCAGUACAUAGUUUUCCGUAUGUCUUUCCAAUCACUCACAUUCAUGGGACCAGUGAAUACAGCGGAAGACGAAAUAAACGGCUAUAUAUUUCGAAAAUUCUGUGAAUUCUUGGUUUUGCAUAAAUGGUCAUUGGAAACUGAAGAAGAGAAAUACUUUUUACGUACGUUUACCAUGAAUGGGUUAUUCUGUGCGAUGAUGUUAUGGCUGAAAAAGAAAACUAACAAACAUGUAGUUGUAAUAUUGGAUGAAAUCAAUUCGCCACUGAUGUCUUUAUUUGUGAAUAAUUACGACGCGAGUGAACGUGACACUAUAUGGAAAAUCUAUUCCAAUAUUUUGAACAGAUUAAGCACGUGUACAUCAUCUGUAAAAUUUGCGAUCGCAUUUGGAAUCCAUGUAGUUAGAAUUCUAGAUUGGAAAGAGUGGAAGUACGUCAAACUAUCAGAUUUGGAUUACACCAAAUAUUUUAUGUUCGAUAAAAACACUGUCGAAAAAAUUAUCGAUAAAUAUAAAGGCGACGAUGGCCUUAUAUUCAGAAAAACCCACCAAGAAACCAUGGACAUUAUGACCCAGUGCUAUGGUGGAUAUUCCUUCGAUUUAUAUUGCCCCUCAUCUGUAGUAAGGUAUCUGGAAAACAACGGGGAGAGAAAACUGUAUAAAUGGCAUCGGAGAACCAUUGAUAUAAUGGAUGUAAAAGAAAGUCGAGUACAUCUCGCAGUAUUUCUGGAUGCUGAAGAACACAUUGUAAACUUGAAACCUUCGCUUGAUUUGCGUACAGUUGCGCAGAAUGGAACCGCUCUGGCCAACUAUGUUUAUGCCGGACUGUUACGAGUCGAAGUAUCGCCAUCGGCUUUUCCUGAUGGUGAUUAUAAAGUGUCAGUAGGAAAUCUGGAAAACCUGAAUAUAGUGGGUUAUUUCCUAGAGCAGUGUAAAGGAAAAUAACGCAUCUGAAAAAUCGACUCGCAUAAUACAAGCGUUAACUUCCUUCAACUUCCAUCAAAAUAUUGUUUUGGUGAGCAUUUGGAGUAAUUUUCAUCAUUUUAGAAUGAUAUUGAUCUGUUUGAAACAGAUUUAAAGUCUUUGGAGAGAGUUUUGUUUGCAAUGUUUCUCCUAAGAAUACCAUACCUACCUACCAAUACGUACUCAUAGAUUACAUUCUAAGAUGUGGUGUAAAUAUACUACUUUAGAGCUAGA